AUGAAUAAUGAUAUUCCUCCACCAAGUAUCAAUGAUGGUGAUGAAUCCACCGUUGAUGAAAAAGUUGUUAAUGAACCCUUGAUCAAAAAAAAUUCUCUCCAAGAUGAAAAUCACAUGAAUGAAAAUGAAGGGGGAGAUCACGUGAGUCAGCGGUUCGAUUCGUCAAACGGUCCAAGUCACAGUAACAAAUCCGAAGUAAAACCCAAUACUGUGAUUCACGAAAGAAAAAUAAAUACUGGCCCUCCAAGCGAAUCUGGUUCAUCAAUUACUGAAGGUUCUGUUGAGAACGUUUUAUCUGACAAUACGGCUCCAACUGAAGAACUGCGUGAUGAAGGAUGGGGCAGUUCUCCUAAAGAUAAUUACACGGAUUAUUAUCAUUCGUUUGAACCUAAUCGCUUUCCUGAUACGUCCAAGAAUGAUUUUAAUUUCCUCUCUGAUGAGUACAAAAAUUAUUACAAUCACUCUCCUGAUGAGUCCAAAAAUGAAUCAAUCGCAGUUGACCGUAAGGAUGAGGUGGAUUCAGAAUUGCAAAAAAAAUUGCAUGCAGGUGAUGCAAAUGAGGAUGCUACGAAUAUUAGUCAAUAUCCACUAGCAUCUCGUGAGUUGAAUGAUAACACUAUCAACAAAAAGUUUGGAGAUCAAUAUUCUAAUAACUCAAUUUUAUUUGAGAUGCCAAAAAACUCUCAAAAUAUCGAUGAAUCCGACUCUCCACUCGUCAGUCAAGGAUCGAAACGUUCUAAUACCUCGGUCGCUAUUGUUUCACGUGGACUUCCACGUGAAUUAUUCUCUAAUAAUCUUUAUAUAGGUUCGAUUGAACAACUCCCACCCAUAGGUCUUGCUUUUUAUUGGCUUGGUUGGUACACGGAAGCUGCGUUCACAUGCGUCGCUGAUAAACUUGGUCUUGUGGACCGAUACACAGGAAUUCCGCUUAGUAAAUUGUUUAUUUGGCUUUAUUCUCCUGAAAGUUGGAUGGGUAUCAAAAAUGAAGAUUUGGCACAAUUAGAAGCUGCAAGAACGAUGAAAUUAGAAUAG